AUACGUACAUCCCUUAAAAUUCUCAUAUACAUAACAUUUUGGUCAUUUACCUUACAGUAUUAUUAGCACCAUGAAUUUCAUGGCAUGCAUCAAAAAUCAUAAAACUAGCUAUAUCCCAAUUUUUGGUCUCAUCAUUCUUCUCAUUUCCGUCGUCUCGGCCACCCGUGAUCUGGUGUCCGAUGGUGGUAACGAGACGGUGGGUUCGUCUUACAUUCGUUUCCCAACCAUUAAAUCACUAGCUUCAUCAGAGACUACUACUUGUGAGCAGAGUUAUGGAUUUUUGCCAUGUACUAAAACUGGUUUAGGAAAUUUCUUUUCGAUAGUAGUUUAUGGAUACAUAAUGUUCUCUGGUGCUAUUCAUUUGUCAAAUGGAGCUGAACUUUUGUUGGAGAUUGUUGGUCCUGGUAUUGUCGCUGGUCUCUUUCUUCCAUUGCUUGGAGCUCUUCCAGAUGGCAUGCUCAUUUUGGUAUCUGGGCUUUCUGGAAGCACAACAACUGCUCAAGAGCAGGUUUCAGUUGGAAUGGGAAUGCUAGCUGGUUCCACUAUUAUGCUUCUGACUGUUAUUUGGGGUUGUUGUGUUUUCGUUGGCAAGUGUGACAUUCAAAAUUCACGAGCACUUAAUGGAAUUGAUACCAAAGGUUUUCAUCUACAAGAUUCUGGUGUUUCAACUGAUAUAUGGACAAGUUAUGCUGCAAGGAUUAUGGCUAUCUCUGUAGUACCUUUUCUUGUUGUCCAAUUACCAAAUGCUCUCAAUUCAACUUCAGGAAGACACUACUCAAUCUUGAUUUCCCUCAUAGUCUCUCUUCUUUUGCUGAUUGGAUAUUGUGUAUAUCAGGUUUCCCAACCAUGGAUCCAAGAAAGGAGGCUUGACUAUGUGAAACAUAAGCGUGUUAUGACUGGAUUUCUUAAACAUUUGGAAACUCAUGCUACUGGAAAAUUUUACAAUCGUGAUGGUACCAUUAAUCGAGACGUUGUAGAAAAGCUUUUCAAAGCAAUAGACCAAAAUGGUGAUAACCAUCUAUCAAGUGGAGAACUCAGAGCCUUUGUAGUAGGGAUGCAGUUUGAAGGGAUGGGCGAAGAUUAUUUUUUAGACAAAGUAAUGAAGGAAUUCGAUACAGACCGCCCAGAUGAUCGGAUUGAUCAACAAGAGUUUGUUCAAGGUAUCUCAAAGUUCCUUGCUCUUGUUAGAGGUGAAAAGGCUAUUGAUCACAACGAUGCUGAUACACAAAAAUACUUGAGCCAUUAUGAUGAGCAAGCAACAAAAGAGCAUUUCUUAGUGGAUGAUUUUUUAGAUGAAGAGAAGGGUGAAGAAAUAGAAAAUCGCAAGGCAACGACAAUUAAGGCAAUAUUACUGAUUUUGCUUGGGACAGUGAUAACCGUUGCCUUUGCAGAUCCAUUAGUAGAUUCUGUACAUAGUUUCUCUGAAGCAACCAACAUUCCUCCCUUCUUCAUUUCCUUUGUUUUCUUACCCUUAAUUACUAACUCCAAAGGAGCUGUCUCUGUUAUUAGUUUUGCCUCUAGCAAGAAGAGGAAAUCUGUUUCAUUGGCGUUUUGUGAGUUAUAUGGAGAAGUGACGAUGGGAAAUGUAGUGGGUCUGACAGUGCUAUUGACUUUAGUAUAUGCAAGAGGAUUGACUUGGGAUUUCUCUUCAGAAGUGCUUAUCGUUUUCCUGGUUUGUACUCUAAUGGGUGCUCUCACUUGCUUCCGUACUACUUUCCCUCUCUGGACUGCACUUACGGCUAUCCUUCUCUGCCCCUUCUCUCUGCUGCUUGUUUAUGUCCUUGACAACUUCUUUGGCUGGUCAUAGACGGGGUAUAAAUGACUCCAGAAUCUUUAUAGACAUAUUGGACUUGGAUUUUGAAAUCCGCUAAAUAUCUUUUUUACGUAUUUAAUAAGUGAACGCGAUCAACUUGAUUUUUUUUAUUGAACAAGUUUAUUAGUUACCCUUAUGAACAAA